UGUCAAUUUAAAGUGUCUAGUGUCUUGUAAUGAUUUCAAAGCAAGUCACUUAAGUGACUUCGUUAUUAAUUUAUGUUCAAAGUGAUUUGAUUGAUUGAUUUCGAAUUUUAUUAAGUGUGAAUUUGAAAACGUGAAAAUAUACAUUUCAAGAUGGCUUCGUUAAUUUAUACCGUUUUAAGUAUUACUAAUGUAGCGUCAGUACAUUGUGCUGCACGUCCAGAAAUCUCUCCAUGCACUUGCGACUCAAUUUCAUUAUACAACCUGAAAUUCUUAGAACUAACUUGUGAAAAGGUCGAUUCUUUUCAUCAGAUCGUCGACAAAUUGUCUAAUAAAUUCGAUCCGAACUUAAAUAUAAGUUUGAAAAUAACGUAUUCACAACUUGAGGACAUGGAAAUGUUAUCGUUUAAGGACAUGAAUUUAAAUGUGAAUAAGUUACGUUUGCAAUGGAAUAAUUUGAGAACUUUGCCCGAAUUACCGUUUCGUGGGUUAUCGAAUGUCGAGUUUUUGAGUAUUGGUGACAAUGAACUUGAAACAAUACCGAAACAUAUGCUCAGUCACAUGCCGUUAAUUAAGACGCUUGAUAUGGGCAGAUGUCGUCUGAAGUCGGUGUUGCAAGAUGAUUUUAAAGGUACUCAAAUGGUGAAGUUUUUGUUUUUGGUCACUAACGAGAUAAAACGUUUGGAGAAGGGCACUUUCCCACAAAGUUUAGUAUCGCUACAUCUUGGCCGCAAUCAAAUCGAAAGUCUUAAUGGUACAUUGCGCAACUUAAAUCAAUUGGAAUCACUGUUUUUGAAUAUGAAUAAUAUUAAAUCAUUGGACGAUGAGUUACCGGAAUCGAAUCGCUUACAAUUGAUAAUUGCAUUUGAUAAUCAAUUGGAACAUUUGCCGGAGAGUAUGCGUUAUAUGACCAACUUGGAAACUUUACACGUUCAUUCUAAUCGUAUUAGAUCACUUGAUGGAAAAUUGAAGAAUGCCAAAAAAUUAAAUGAAUUUUACGGACAUUACAAUAAGAUAGAAUAUUUGGCACAGGAUGAAUUCAAGUCUGUGGUUAAAAUGGAAGAAAUUAGAAUGGAUUUUAAUAACAUUAAAUCUUUAAAUUGUUCCUUAUUACCAAUGAAACGUAUUACAAAAGUCAAUUUCUCUUUCAAUGAAAUCGAAGAGUUCUCUAUGAAUGAGAUACGCGGCCUUAUGUAUCUUAAAACACUUGACCUUUCAUAUAAUCGCAUAGAAACACUUACAGGACGUCAAGAUAAUAGCAUUGAUAAAGCUUCAGUACUCGUUGAAUUUAAUUUGGAUCAUAAUCGUCUCAAAUCUUUGGAUGCUGCUUUAAUGGGUUUGGAUAGUUUACGUAUACUAACUUUAUCCUACAACGAAAUCGAACAAAUACUACCAGAAGAUUUUAUCGGAAUGGUGCAUUUGGAACUUUUGGAUUUGUCUCAUAAUCAACUGUUAACUUUACAGGAAUUAGAAACGACACGUCUACCAAAUUUGAAAAUAUUAAAAGCACCGUUCAAUAACUUAACAAAAUUGGAACGAGAUUUCCAUGGAUUACCAGUACUUUGCCAGGUGAAUGUAACAAAUAAUCAAAUUGCAACGAUAUCUGCCGAAUUAGUGAAACAAUCUCGCUGUCUUAGUCACAAUGUGCUUAAUGAUUUGGAAAUACAUUUGGAAGAUAAUCCAAUCAUGUGCGAUCAACGACUUAACGAACUCUGUCAAAUGAUGCAGAGACAGAAUGCAAGUAUUCGAGGCAGCUCACAGUGUUUCACGAAUAAGAAGGAAGUAUGCAGUGCACUUGAAGAACUUUAUAAAUCAUACCCUUCAUUUUUACUGCAAAAUAUCGAUAUAACAAACACUAAGGAACUAAUGGAAGUUAUAAUACCUAGAUUGAUUAAUCCAGAUGAGAACUUACCACCAAUAAUUACACCACUUGGUAAAGCAGUAAUUAAUACACCACCGAUAAUCAAAACAAUCACAAAAACAGUUUUCAUACCUUCACCAUCAGCAUUAACUACGACAACGACAUCUACUACUUCAACGACCACAACAACUACAACUACAACAACAACACCAGCACCCACAACAACCUCGACGGCGGAACAGGAAAAUAUUAAUAUUGAAAGUGAAGGAAAUGAAAAUACACAAAAUGAAACCCCAAAAUUAACUGAAAGUUCGAUCGACAUUAAUAAUAAUAACACACAUAAUCAGGGAAUAACAAUGUUACCAAUUGGUGCAGAUUUUACAACAACAACUUCGAAAACCAUAACGAAUUUUGAUAUGGAUAUAUACAUUAAUGAAUCGAAACAUAUAAAUACACCCGUAGUUUUUAAUAUUGAUGAAGCCUCAAUAAUUACAACGAACUUAACUAAUUCCACAAAUCCGAUUCUGAAUGAAAAUGAUACAAUUGCUGCAUCGGAAAAUGCUGAAGCCCCUUCGGUAUCGAAGUCGGGCUAUGCUACAGUAGAGUAUAUACCAAAUUCGGGUAACUUUCUGUCAAGUAAUAAUGCGGUCAACGCGCUUGUGGAAGAAACAAAUUCUAAUUCUGUACAUGAAGAAUAUCAUUCAGUCAUUCUCGCUGAUCUGGAUGGGGCACCUAAAAGCAUUUUAAUACUGAAAGAACCACCCGAAAAUCCGUAAAUUCAUUUCAAGCUUUACUAUAUUUUAAAUUUAUACCAAAAUUUAUGUUUCUCAUUCAAGAAACAAUGAGUUUUAGAAUUAGUUUUUAAUUAUUUAAUAAAUCUGUAACUUAGUAAGCUAUUGUUAGUAACUAGACGAUUAUGUGUACAUUUGUCAUGAUUUUUAUUUUUUGUUUAGCAUACGAUAGACGCAGUUAA